AAGUCUUUCAAAAAAGAAAAAAAGCCGCCGCGCGCGUUACGGUUAGGACGCAGGACGCUCGUUAAAUUCACCGAAUAACAACCUGCUUUUUGAAAGGUACUUUCAGGGGCCAUGAAUUUAACUUUUUGUUGAAAUAAAUAAAGUAUUUCCUGCAAACGGAGGACGCCUGAGAGAGUAGAAAUGAAGUGUCUGAAGGUGGAGGAGUAUAUUAAACAGACCGGCACCGCCGAAGAGACCAGACAUUUAAUCCAAGAACUACAGAAACACGUCAACUCUCAUCUCGGACUCCAGGGCCGAACCCUGUGUGACCGGGUCAUCCGGGCCUGUAACCACCAGCUUGGAGUUGGACCUCCAGACUCUGAGCACAUCGGUCUGUUGGUGAAGCUGGUGGAGCUGUCUGUGUUCGGCUAUGAUCGCUGUGUGGCCGCUGAAGCUCAGAGCAGUCCGCUGUACAUGGAGAAAAUCCUCUUCCACAUCGUGAAGAAGCUGAGUUCUCUGAAGGCUCCUGCUCUGAGCGGCCAUGUCGCUGCUCUGCUCUUUAACAGGCUGUCUCCAACACAGCAGGUCCAGGACGAUCACGGCGUUCUGGUGCGAAGCUGCUUCUCCGUUCUCUGGAACGAACUCUCUGCUGCCAAAGACGAGAAGCUCCUUCCUCCUCAAAACAGACUCGGCUUCCAGUUGCAAGCGUUGAGUUUCCUCCUGCUGGACGUGGACGCUGCUGCAUCUUUUUCCUCUAAAGCUCCAAAGUACACCGAGGAGGCCAUGGUGGAGUUUGAGCGCAGCUGUGGAUCAGUGACGCUGGAGGAUGCUGCGUUUGUUCUACAGGAAAUGACCGAGAUAUUCAACAGGACGACCAGCUCCGUUCAGGCCCGUCAGGGAAGCGAUUUACAGACAUUCAACCUUUACAUCCUUUCUGAGAUGAUGUUGCUCGCCGUGAAGAUGCUGUGCAGAGCUGGACACCACAGCCUGGCGCUCGGCUUCCUGAAUGAGAUGGAGGUGAAGGUGUCGGAGCGUGUCGGCCGCCGCUGCACGCCGCUGGUGCUGGGGAAAUGGGCAGUAACAGCUCACUCAGAAAUGACGGCGGGCCGGCAGAAUGGCCAGCCUUUCACAGAGUGUGCUAGAGAGCUGAGGUCCCUCCCAGGUGAGGUGGGGGGGCAGGCGCUCCUGGAGGGGUGCGGUCUGGUUUUGUGGGCCGUUGAAAGCAGGAGUGAGAAGGGACUGAGUGGACCGGUGCUCCUCGCUUUCUAUUCUUUUCUGGAGGAGUACCAAGAGCGGAUCCUGAAAAUGUUGGACAAGACUUCAUCAAACCAUCUGGACACCCGGAGACUGCAGCAGACGCUGUGCUUCAGCAUUUACCAGAGCUUUGUGUUUGCUUAUGAGAGCAUGCUCGCAUCGCAGCUGGAGGACCCCGACCUCCUGCAGAGAGUCCUCCUCUACUGCCAGUCUACAGCCGGACUGUUGAUGAAAGAACUUCGGACGUUGGCGAAUGAGAAUCUCUUCACUAAAACAGUGGUCGCUGUGAGCAACAUAGCGUGUGGUUUGUACAACCGUCACCUGUACGAUCAAGCCUUCACCACCGUGGAGAUCCUCUGCCGAGAGCUCUGCCAAGACCACACUGCAGCGCUGUCUGUCGAUAGACUGAACCGCCCCUUCAUGCUGGCCGUGCAAACGUCCCGCCGGGCCGGGCAGCUGGACCGGGCCCUGCAGUGGGUGAUUCUGUGGCUGAAGGCUCUCGGAGACGACGUCACCGCCAACAUGUCGGAGCCCGUGUCUCUGUGGGUCAAAACCAAGACCGACGCCGUCAGUAAUGCAGAUGAAGACAUCAGACUCAGAACGUUGCGUGAUGGCUUCGGUCCGGAUGUUCCCGACGAACACGUCAUGCUUUGCCUUUUGGAGGAGGAGUUGCGUGCGUACAAGAAUCUCCCCAGAGACACGGCCCAGGAGCGCUACAACACUCUGUGUGACCUCCUGGACAUCUGCGGCGAGGACGGUUCUCACCGCCACCUCCGAGCCGUCUACCUGUGUGAAAUGGCUCAGGUCGUCUGCUUCCAGGACUUUGGAGAACACACGGACUGCGCUGCAGUGGAUUUCACACGAGAAGCUCUGCGUCUUCUUCAAGACGAACUCGAGACUCCGGAGAAUUCUGACCGACUGAAGGACGACAAAGCCCACGCAGAACUUUGGCUUUUUAUCUGCAGUUUGGAGAAACGUCUUCAAGAGGCGAUGGAGAGCGACCGGAAGCAGAGAGAGCUGCGCGAUCAGACGCCGUGUGUGAACGCUCAGAUUGGAAACAAUGAUUUUGACUUUGAAGAGAAGCAGAAGAUGCACGACAGCAGUCUGGUCUAUGAAGGUCUCCAUUUCAACCUGGCUGCAGAAAAAGAGUUGUGCCAGCCGUUGGAGAGAGCUCUGGAUAUGUGGUCAGUUCUUCUCAAAAAUGGAGCUCAGCCUUCGGUUCGAAACAUCAAACAGACCUGCAGCUCCGUCGCCGUGGCUGCAGCUCUCUUCAGACUCAUGGGGAAGCCUCUGAAGGCUUUGGAAGCGUUCCGAUGUGCGGCCGAGUUUUGCCGCCGCUCUGCUGAUGCUCUGGGUUGUGCCGCCGCUCUCGGUCAGUCGGUCAGCGUCCUCCUGGAUUUGGGGAGCCCAGAACUGGCUUUGGCUCAGCUUGAGGAAGCAGAGAAGAUGUUGUCUUCAGAUUCCACUGAAGGUUCUUCAUCUGUCGCAGUGCUGCUCAUCCUGCUGAAAGCUCAGUACUUUUACAGUAUUGGACAGGUUGACCGUGGAGUUCCAUGUCUGUGCGAGGUGCUUAAAGAGGUCAAUGAUGUCAAACAGUCAAAGAAGUGGUACUUGCUGCGUGCUCAGACGCUGCAGGUCUGCAGCUCUUAUCUGAAUCUGGACGCUGCUCAGCUACCGCAAACGCAGCGGAGCCUCAUCACGGAACACGGCAUCAGAACUCCAGAUGCUGCUCUGUAUGAAAGCCUGAAGCUUCUCUGCAGCCUGCUGGUCACCCUGGUAGGAAAAGGUCUCUAUGGCAACAACGGCAGCAGCUCAGAUGUGCGCUUCAUCCAUCAAGGAGACAACCUGCUGCUGAAAUGGCAGCUGCUGUCAGACCUGCUGAGCUGCUCCAGGAAGACGGUGGCGUUACGCAGCAGCUGCGGCGCCGUCAGCGACGCCAGACUUCAGUGCCUGGAAGCCCUGAAGCUGGCCAUCAAGCUCCAAGCACUGAGCCAAUGUGCCGAGUUACUCGUGAUGAAAGCCGAGCUGGAGCUGAUGCACGAGGAACGAGAGGAAUGCAGGACCGAUUUGGACCUGGUCAGAAACCUCCUGGAACGCUGCACAGAUUUUUCUGCUCAGGUUCAGCGGACAGACGUGAAGAUCAAACCAAGGAAAGGUCGUCCAGCCAGAAAGCCUCCGUCUUCUCUUCCAAACGUGGAGGACGAUCUCAAGAACAUCCUGAGCACCAGGUGGAUCAGCAAAGACGCCGUGGUGGAGGAUGCGGUCUCCUCCCCGCCGUUCAAAGCUCCUCCUCGCAGCUGGCUGUCCUGCCUCACUCACGACGCCGGCUGUGGGUGUCCGUGCUGCUCCGAGCCCGCGCUGGGCCGCUGCACCGCUCGCUGGGCCGCCGCUCAGGCGGAUCUGGUUCUGAAGCAGGAUCCUAUGGAGGAAAGAGUCGGCGCUAAACUCCACUUGACGACUUUGUCCCGAUGCAAGAGCGUCAGCAACCAGCUUAAGAGGAGGCUGUGUGAGCUGUUUCCGUCACGCCUCAGAGCCUGCAGACCCGCUCUGAUGCAGGACGUCGUGAGCCGCGUCUACCUGAGCAUGGCCCUCGCCAGGCUGGAGACGGGGCACCGAAAGUCCUGCGGUCUGUGGAAGAUCCUGGAGGCCGGCCUGGCGUUUGUGGAUUCUCAGCCGUCUCCCGCUCUCCGCCCUGUGAAAGCCGGCAUUCUGGGAGCUAAAGCGAUGGCGUCCCUGAUGGUCCUGGCUGCCCAAAACAACUGCAGCCCUGAGGAACUCUGCUCAGGUGUCUGGACCUGGAACUCACCUGAGCAGCAUAAAGACGUUAAAACGAAGCAGCAAAAGGGAGUUUCUUCAGCAAAGAGCAAAGCAGAAACGGCAGCUUUUAAAGACAGAAAAAAAGUCAAAAUCCUGAAACCUGUGAUCCACGUGAGCGGCUCCUCCCCUAAAGACAAAGGUCUGGUUCCCAUGACUCCAGUAAUCACCAAGUCCAAACCCUCCACUGGAGACCGCGCCUCCUUCGACUUCAACACGGCGGUCCCUACGCUGACCUGUACCCCAAUCCAGAGGGUCAGAUGCCCUCCGUCAGCCCAGAAAGCGCCGAGAACCUGCCCCAAGCUGAACUUCCACGUGUUUGAGGAGGCUUCACCUGUGCAGGAGAAAGUCCCCGCCGUGCCCGCCGCCCCAAAACGGACAAAGAAAUCCCGCUUCAAGGUGGAGUUUAGUGAUGAAAGUGACUCUGAAGCAAAAACUGAAAAAGUGGACAAAGGAAAAAACGAUCUUCCAAAAAGACGAAACACCAGAAAAGCUGCAGCCAAACCCAAACCCGCUGCAGAGACCGUCCCGCCCAGGAGGCAGCCGCAGAGGAAGAGGAGCACGGCAACUUCUGCUGCUACCUCCUCUGAGGACGAGGUUCUGACCCGACUGCCAACCUCCACCAGAACCGGAAGGACCAGAAAGCAGACGUCCAAACAUGUGGAGGAACCAGAGUUCAUGAGGACCAUCGAAGAAGAACUGGACGAGGUUCUGGACAUGAGCAUCGAGCAGCUGAGAACGUCAGACGCUGAGACUGAAGCUUCCAGUCGAGACGUUGACUUGGAGGUGUUGCGGAGGGACGUCUGCUGUAACCUGGACAGAGAAGAGUUCUGUGAAAUGAGGGGCGGAGGUCGGCCAAGAGAGGAAUCGAACCUCCACAUCUCCCAGACGGACAACAAGCCAGCCGAUCUCUCUCUGGAGGAAGUUCAGUCGCAGCUCCGCUCAGCCUGGUUGACCCUCCAGCACUUCCCCUGUCCCACCGUCUACCCCGGCCUCUGUGGGCUCCUGGCUCUGACUGUGGGGCAGCGAGACCCCCAAACGACAGCGAUGUUACACGUUCAGUCUUUGGGAGUCUCCAGUCGGCACCGAACACUCAGGCAUCUAUUCAGCUCUCUCCAACGUCUGAAGAAGGCCUCCACGGAGCUGACGGAGAGGAUGGACUCUCUGAGUCUGGAUGAAGGUUCCCGCGUUCCCGCUCCUCCUGCUGAACAGAGGCGGAGUCAGAUGGAGAGAAUCUUCUCCUUCCCCGCCGCCGACCUGCCGUCUUUCCCUCACAAACACUGCCAAGACCUGAUGGACCAGAUCCAGUCUCUUCCUGCAGGCGUGACGGCGUGUCUGCUGUCGGUGGGCGGGGUCAAACCUCUGGGAAUGGACAACAGUGUGAUGCUGACCCGUCUGGAGAAAGGUUCUGAACCCGUCACUCUCCACAUCUCCUCCUCUAAACAGCAGGUCAAAAUCAGUCGGCUGCUGCAGGAAAUGGACAACAUUCUGUCGGAGCAGAAAGUGGUGAGCUGCGUGGCGGAGAAAGCCGCGUGGUGGGAGGGCCGGCGUGCUCUGGACUCCAGAGUUCAGCUCCUGCUGAAGGAGAUGGAGGAGUUUCUGGGAUGCUGGAAGAGCUUUCUCCUUCCUCUGACCACGGAUCCACAGCUCUCCAUUCAGACCCAGCUGCUCCAUAAAGCUCUGUCUGCCAGAGGAGUGACCGUCAGUGAGGAGAUGCUGAAGGCUGUCCUCUCAGCAUCUCCUGUGCUUUCUGAGGAGGAUCUUAAAAGAUUCACUCUGGGACUUUCAAAAUGGGACACGGAGUGUGAUCGUCUUCUUCAAGCUGCGACCUCACAGCUGCUGGAGAGGGAAGAACCCCGAGGUCACGUGGUCCUGAUCCUAGACAAGUUCCUCCAGAAGUUGCCGUGGGAAGCCAUGUCCAUCCUGAAGAGCCAGUCGGUCAGCCGGAUGCCGUCUCUGCACUCGCUGCUGGGACUGAGCGUUCAGAGAGAGGCGGACUCCCGCUCUGUCUUGAGCUCUGGUGUGAACACCAGGAAGGUCUUCUACGUUCUGGACCCCGACGCCAAUUUAAAGAACGCCCAGGAUCGAUUCAAGGAGUGGUUUUCCAGUAAACCGGAGUGGCAGGGUGUGUGUGGAGUUCCUCCUGACUCGGGACAGCUGGAGGAAGCUGUCGCUACCAAAGAUUUAUACAUCUACGUGGGCCACGGAGCCGGCGCCAGAUUCCUGGACGGCCAUUCCGUCCUGAAGCAGCAGAUGAGAGCCGCCUCUCUUCUGUUUGGAUGCAGCAGCGCUGCGUUAGCUGUGAGGGGCAACCAGGAAGGCCAGGGCAUCCUGCUCAACUACCUGAUCGCCGGAUGUCCCUUCAUUUUGGGCAACCUGUGGGAUGUGACUGACAGGGACAUUGACCGCUUCACCAAAGCCCUGCUGGAGUCCUGGUUAUCUGCGGGGUCGGGAGCGUCUAUCCUGGAGUUCAUGAGUUCCUCGCGUCAGGCCACAAACCUUAAACACCUGAUAGGAGCGGCGCCUGUGGUCUACGGCCUGCCGGUCCACCUGCAGUAGGACUGAGGCUGCAGCCCAACGAUGUUCACUCCUGUCGUUGUUGAGCGACGUUAUGGAGUCAUUUCCUUUGAACAGAUUUUUGACUUUUACUAAUGUAUAAAUUGUAUUUAAUUCAACUUUUUUUAUUUUUUAAACUAUUUUUAAUACUGAAAAUGAUUCCAAUGGUUUUGUAAAAAUGUUUUUAACAAAUGGAUCACUUUUUGAAUAAAUGUUUAUGGAUAUUUACUUGUUUUUCAGAAAUUAUUGAGAUGCUAAAACAGCAUUUACACUGUAGGAGCUAAAAUGAUGUGGCUACUUCUUUGUUUUUGGUUUAUUUUCUUGAAAGUGAAAAAA